AGCUUUGAUAUUUUCUAAUCAGUGUAUUCAAGAUUGUUUAGUAAUUUGCCCAUUUUCUGAACUUUGGGGCCUCGAUAGGCCCAGAGAGGAAUGAAUGCUGCCAAUAACGAAGCAUGCUGACUUAUCUACGGGGUCUAACGCACACGAAAGAGAAACAAACGUGGCGGAAAACGGCGGACCAAGGAAGAAGAGGCGACUGAGCAACACUGUCAAGAACGGAACGUGUAAGGCAAGCCCCGAUCCUCUGCAGAGUGAAUUAAAUUUUCACCCUCACAAGAAACAAAAGACAAUUCUUGUUCCGGGAGGCGUCGAAAACGCUGGUUCCUCGAUGGCUGAGCCGCAGAGAAAGGCGAAUUUUUCUGCUUACGGAAAUCACUUUCACGAGCGCUCUCCUCUUGCAAACAAUUCUGCUAAGCCAGGCCAGGCCAAGAAGCUCGUGAUUAAGAACUUCAAAGCCAAGCCAAAUUUGCCCGAGAACUUCAAGGAAGCAACAUGGCAGAAAUUAAAGGAGGCUGUUCAAGCAAUUCACAAGAAAACAUUUGUCAUUUACAGCUCAGAGGAACUUUAUAAAGCUGUUGAAAACAUGUGCUCCCACAAAAUGGCUGCCACAUUGUAUGACUUGUUAAAGGCAGAGUGUGAGUCACAUGUGAGGUCAAAUCUUCAACAGUUUGUUUGUGAUUCAAUGGAUAGUGAGUUGUACCUGUCAAAACUAAACCACUGUUGGGAAAACCAUUGCAGAGACAUGAUUAUGAUUAGAAGCAUUUUUCUGUAUCUGGACAGGACGUAUGUUCUUCAAAACUCAACAAUAUUAUCCCUGUGGGAUAUGAGUCUGAAUUUGUUUCGUACGCACAUCAUGAGUAACAAAACAGUACAAGAGAGGACGGUGGAUGGUUUACUGCAAUUAAUAGAAAAUGAAAGACAUGGUGAAGCAGUUGACAGAACAUUACUUAAAAGCUUGUUGAGAAUGUUAGCUGACUUGCAGAUGUAUGAGGAUGCAUUUGAAACAAAGUUCCGUUUUGACAGCUUGAUGGCAAGUUACAGGCUCGGUGAUCUAGCCUUACUAUAUCAGUUGUUUAGCAGAGUGAAAAGAGGACAAGAUGAAUUGUGCAAUGCUUUCAAUGAAUACAUCAAGAAACAAGGAACUAGCAUUGUUCUUGAUCCUGAAAAAGAUAAAAGUAUGGUACAAGAUUUGCUGGAUUUCAAAGAGCAGCUUGACAGCAUCAUAGAAGACGCUUUUAUGAAGAGUGAGAAAUUUGUUAAUGCAAUGAAGGAUGCUUUUGAAGCAUUUAUUAACAAGAGACCGAACAAACCUGCGGAACUAAUAGCAAAAUUUGUUGAUUCCAAGCUAAGAGCAGGAAACAAGGAAGCAACUGAAGAGGAACUUGAAAAACUUUUAGACAGAAUAAUGGUGCUCUUCAGAUUUAUCCAUGGUAAAGAUGUGUUUGAAGCAUUUUACAAGAAAGACCUGGCAAAGAGACUAUUGGUUGGCAAGAGUGCGUCUGUGGAUGCAGAAAAAUCAAUGCUGUCUAAAUUGAAACAAGAAUGUGGCGCAGCUUUUACAAGCAAGCUUGAAGGCAUGUUCAAAGACAUGGAGCUUUCCAAGGAUGUGCUGGUUCAUUUUAAACAGUAUCUGCAGCACCAGGAUCUCCCAGGUAGUGUAGACAUGGUAGUCAGCAUUCUUACCAUGGGUUACUGGCCAACCUACACUCCAAUGGAGGUGCAUCUGCCAUCAGAGAUGGUUGAAUACCAAGAGGCGUUUAAGAAGUUCUACAUUGGAAAACAUGGCGGAAGAAAACUUCAGUGGCAGAACACGUUAGGACAUUGUGUUGUUAAGGCCGACUUUGGUCCUACGGCAGAUGAGAAGAAAGAACUUCAGGUGUCGUUGUUUCAAACUUUGGUGUUGUUGAUGUUCAACAUAGGAGAGACUUUUGGCUUUGACGAGAUCAAACAAGCCACAGGAAUAGAGGAAGGUGAACUAAGACGGACGCUACAAUCCCUUGCUUGUGGCAAAGCGCGUGUUCUAGUCAAGAAACCCAAGGGCCGUGAUGUCGAUGAUGGCGAUACGUUCUUCUUCAACAGCGAGUUCAAGCACAAACUUUGCCGAAUCAAAAUUAAUCAAAUACAACUCAAAGAGACGCAAGAGGAGAAUAUUAACACAACAGAGCGAGUGUUCCAGGAUCGACAAUACCAGAUUGACGCAGCCAUUGUCCGUAUCAUGAAAACUCGCAAGACCCUCAGUCACACGCUCCUGGUGACAGAAUUAUUUAACCAGCUUAAAUUCCCUGUGAAGCCUACAGACCUUAAGAAACGCAUUGAAAGUCUGAUAGAACGUGACUACAUGGAAAGGGAUAAAGAGUUUCCUAACCAGUACCACUACGUUGCGUGACACAGCGAAACUACCUGUCGUUACACAAGAAUUCUGCAGAUACCUGUUGCACCUCUGGUUGUUCCUGGAUUAGAAAUCUGUUGUAAUUAACUACAGAGCAGUCACGCUUUGCUUCGUGGAAACUUAAUCCUGUGCCUGUAGCAGUUUCAAGCCUUUUCUUGUUUAAUUGGCGUGGCAUUCUUUCAGUACAAAGUUCUGAUGAGGUGUUAUAUCAAUGCGAUUACUUUGUUCCUAUGCAGUGAACUCUGAAAGCAAUUUCCGCCUUCUUCACCCGGUACAAGCGGUAUGAGUAAGGCGUAUAAAGCUUUCUCGUCCACGCGCGUUUCCCGCGAGAGUUAUGCGCCUGUCAUGUGCGUCUUCCGCGCAAGUGACAGUUUCUUCCCAGCAAAUCGAUUACUCCUGCAAUAUACAGUUUUCUCCAGUGAAUGCAAGAUAGCCACGGUAGGAUAAAAACCCGGGGCAAAUGGCAACGUAUCGGUUGUGUAUAGUUUCUUGACGCGUGACCAUGCAAACUGGCCUGCUUCGAGGAUGGCUCAGGUGUUGGAAGUGAAAGUUACGCAACUUAGUCACGCAAUGUAGUCCGUACUAGAACUCUCUCAGCCAUCGAGUCUGUGUUCAAAUGUUUUGUUGUACAGCGGAAGCAUUGGAGUCACGCGAACGCACUGGUAACGAAUGGUUCUGUCUAUCCUGUAUCAGUUAAGAUUUCGCUUUUGUACAAAGGUAUAUAGAGUCUUAAUGUUCUGAGGAAAAGAGAUAAUUUGUCAUAGGGGCCUGUGUAUUUUAGUCGCAAUAGUGUAUCUUUUGUGACCUUUUCGUCUUUUUUUUUUUUUGCUUGAUCAAACUGAUCUGAGUUUCAAAUAAACUGUUAAUAAAAUACGUUUUAGCAAUAUA